AUGAAGCACCCCGAUCUAAUUCCAGAACGGAUCGACGGAAAGGCAGGGGGAGCCAGGAACACAAAUCUCACCACCAAACCACUCUAUCCCCGGGAAUCGAAUCCAUCCGCGACAAAGACCUUCCAUCAAGCAGGGUUUGAUAACCCAUCAGAACAAGCUCGGAGACACGAUCUUCGCGGUCCUGUCAAUAUCGACCCCCAAAGGGAAGACUUGGGAAUCCUGAACGAAACUGGAACCUUCCAAAAUUAUAUCGAAAGGAACGACGCCGAGCUUAAAAGGAUACAUGCGAUCGUACACAUGGUGACGAGCUCCACUCCCGAUAUAGACAUGGUCAUCGAGGAAACGAGAACGAACCCAUUCACAAACAUAAUUGCCAGCGUAAGACUGCAUCACGUUGGGAAACUCAAAUUCCCCGAAUACACUGGGAGCACAUACCCAAAGACCCAUGUGCGAGCUUUCCGUCUAGCGAUAUCGAGAGCGCACCUCACCAGUGACGAGAAAGAAGCCGAAUAUUGUCGUUUCUUCGCCGAGAACCUCACCGGAGCCGCCCUAGAAUGGUUCGCUGGACUAGAAGAAAAUUCUAUCGACAACUUUACCCAGUUGGUAUCUGCGUUCCUCAAACAAUACUCAGCCUUCGUAGAGACAAGAGUUACCGUAGCAGAUAUCUGGAAUCUCAAACAAGCGCCUUUCGAGCCAUUAAGAGCAUACAUAAACAAAUUCCGAGAAAUGAAAGCCAAUAUUUCACAUCCGAACGAAGUCGUUGCCCUCGUAGCAUUAAAGAAUGGCGUCUGGUUCUCAUCAAAAUUCAGGGAAGAAUUGGCAGUACGAGCACCUAACUCGUUGCACGACGCCCUGCACCAAGCCUCUUAUUUUGCCACUCACAAAGAGGAAGUCGCAACCUUGAAAGAACAGUAUAGCGCAAACAAGAAUAACGCAACCAAAAAACCUGCUACUCCUAAAGAACCAACCACCAAAGGGCAACAUUCCUACGCAAUAAAUAAUUCGACGCAAAAGUCUUCAACAUACGACCUUAGCAAAUACUGCGCUUUCCAAGAUCGCAAGGGCCACUCGACCGAAGAAUGUCGUUCCGCACUUUGCAAUCAAAACAAAAAUAAGAAAACUAACGAAGAAGUCGGAGAAGAAGAAGAGCCAGUGACUCCGAAAUCCAACCGAAAGGCCAAAGCCACAACAAACAAAAGAGGCAGAGAGGUCGAACAUGAAUCACCGAACUCUUCACCCCCAGCCUCGAAGAAAAGAAUUUACAUGAUUUCAAGGGAGCAGAACAGCAGCGCAACCGAUGAAAUCAAGAACCAAACCGAAGGAAAAAUCUGCUUCGAGAUCUCACUAGUAAUCCGUGCAUUGGAAAAUCCCGACGAAGUCACUCCUCCCCCCCUGCAUCACUCCAUACAACCCAAAAACAAAACCUCCUAG